GGUGGGUGAAUAAAGGUGUGACGACAAUUCCUCGAUCGCUUUUCCUCCUCUUCUUGCUCUUCCACUUCUGCUGCUGCUACUUAGGCGCGUAUCUGGGUCGUGCUGUUCUGCGACUUUUUAACAACUUUUACGAUUCCUACAUCAUAGUAGUGAAAGACUCGAGGGAUCAACUCGAAGCGCACACGGAUAGCGAGCCGAUUGAUCUGCAGUUUGCGAAGUGAAGCGAUAACGAACGUCUGUUUACCACAACCCACUUCCGCCCUCGACACACCCUUCAAUCCUCAAGAAAAGGACACGGAUCAAGAGAUAUCGGAAGACAGACGAUAUACAUACGCACAUACAUCACCAUGGCGUUCCGAUGGUACCAGGCGAAACUUCGCACCGCGCCUCUGUUGACGCAGGCGACUACUACUGCUGUUCUCUUCGGCCUCGGCGACGUGCUAUCGCAGCACGCGGUGGAGAAAGUCGAGAAGCAUAGUUAUGCGCGGACAGGACGCAUGGCGUUGUACGGCGGUGCCGUCUUCGGACCCGCCGCAACAAAAUGGUACCAAUUCCUCGCCUCGCGCGUCAACCUGUCCACCACGAACCGCACCAUCGCCGCCCGCGUCGCCUGCGACCAAUUCCUCUUCGCGCCGACCAACAUGGCGUUCUUCCUGUCCUCGAUGGCGUACCUCGAGGGCUCGUCCCCCGCCGAGAAACUCAAGAAGGCGUAUGUGCCCGGCAUGCUGAAUAACUUCCUACUGUGGCCGGGCGUGCAGGCGGUGAAUUUCAAGUUCGUGCCGUUGGAGCAUCGGGUGCUGGUUGUGAAUUGUGUGGCGCUGGGGUGGAAUUGCUACUUGAGUUAUUUGAAUAGUGGGGGUGGGGAGAGGCCUGAGGUGGAGGAGAAGGUGGUGGAGAAGGUGGAGGGGAAGCUGUAGGGGGUUUGUCGUGGGAUGUAGUUCUCGAGGGGAGGUUUUUUCGUUCUCUGAGCAUUGAAUGGGGCAUGUAUGAAUGGACGGGAUGGACGUAGAGAUAUGUGAUCAACAGCUUCCUUAGCCAUGGCGGCGGUAUGUGGUCGAUGCUGAUAGAAACACAAAUACACUAGUAUUCAC